AUGGUCCGUGUCCACACGCUGAACGUUGAGCCUCCUGUCGCGAAUGCGUCAUGCGCAUGGGCGUCGGAUUAUAGCCAGCUGCGAGAGCUUUAUGAAUCUCGCGAUACUGGGGCUGUUACGACGCGCACGGCUACAUUAAACGGUUUUCAGGAGAGUGAAAGGCAUACCGUCGUCUUCAUGUCAAAUUCAGCGUCUACGCUGAAUUCUUACGGUUACUCCCCUCACCCUCUACGCUCGUAUGCUGAAUGGGUAAAAGCACUCCUCACCAUGCCGACUCCAGCAGUCCAAACCCCAUCGAAGCCUAUUAUCAUCAGCAUAACAUCUUCAACGCCAAAAGAGCUACGGGACAUGAUUGCUAUCAUCCAAGCCCUUCGGUCGGAGCUCGAGGCCUUGGGCGUUAAGCCGACACUCGUUGCUAUAGAGCUGAAUACAUCCUGCCCAAACAUUGAAGACACACCCCCACCUUCAUAUCACUUCCCGUUGUUGCUUCCCUUCCUUGAAGAGCUUGCUGAUGCCUACUUUGCCAAUCCUUCACUCACUAUCGGCCUGAAGCUCCCGCCCUAUCUCUACGCCACCUGCUUUCACGACGCCAUCAAUGCCAUUGCGUCAUUCUCACGCCCAUCAGCAGGUGAUUUUGUGGCCACAAUCAACCCGUUUGCCUUCAUCGCCUGCACCAACACUCUUGGCUCAUCUUUGCUCUAUUCUGAUCAAGUUAAGUCAGCUAUAGAUGCGGAUGCAACCUUUGCUCUUCCAACUCCACUUGGAGGACUGGGUGGAGAAGCUAUUCAUGCUAUUGCACUUGGCAAUGUCUACCACUUCUCUAAACUCAUUAGCCAACACUCUGAUUAUGCAACUAGGAAUAUCAGAAUAUUUGGAGUGGGAGGUGUGACAUCUGUGGCUGCAGCAGAAAGAAUGUAUAAAGCUGGUGCAUCAGUUGUUGAAUGUGCUACUUUAUUAGGAGAAAAGGGAAUAGUAGGUUUUAGCAUGUUUCAAAUAGUUAAACACUAUAUAUAGAAUUACUGUGUUAAAUGAAAAAAAUGUUAGGACACAGAAUGCAUAUUAGUUUGUAGUAUUUCUAGUAUAGCUGCAGUAGCUGUCAAAAAUAACAUAUGUAAUUGCAAAGAGGUG